AUGCCUUAUUGUCUGCUAAACGUCUCGGAACUCCCACUCAAAACACUAGAGCCAUCGCCCCGUGUUGUUGACGUCAAGAAGUAUAUGGAAAGUCGACUGGGCGUGUACUCAGCUCGAAAGACCAUGGCGCCACUCGAUACGGUGGUCACUUUUCUUUGGUUAAAAGACCCUCGAUAUCUGCAACAAUUCCUCAAUCGCCGAUGCCCAUUAUUUAUAUGCCAAAUUAAGUGGAAAGAUCCCGAUGACAAGAUAACCGCGUGGGAGAUAACGGUCAUGCGACAAAAGAUGUCGGAGUCUUUGCACACAACAGAGUUAGGAAUCGUCAUGUCCGCAAGGAGCGAGAAUGGAGGGUCGUUGGUUAAAACCAUCAAGCUACACUAUAUCACAGACGGACACAUUCUACGAUUCGAAUAUCACGAUCAAGACUCAGACAAUAUAUGGGAAGCUCCCGUCAUGUAUACUACUAAGAAGACUUCCGCAGCUACUCUAGCCAAACCUGAGCCAAUGGGAAAAAGUGCUACUCUUUUUCACGAAGGUUCUCAUAGAACUAGAGUACAACGCAUUAGUCGACCCCAAAAUAGGUCUAGAAGAUGA